CAGAGCCUGUGCCCAGCUAUGCUUCAGGAUACUACUUCACAGAUGACGCUAAGCCUACAAGGUCAGAAAUGGAGAUUAUGUCCACAUUUCAAAAGGAUACCUUGUUCCCCGUGCAGGUGAAGGAUAUGGCAGAACAGUUAAUGGAGAAAGAGCAGAGCCAAGUUCCAGAAGGCAAUGUGGUAGAUUGGUAUAAGAAAAGGAUUGGAGGUGAUAAGUCUUCUUUCCUACAGCCAGCGCUUAGCUAUUGUAGCAUUCAUCAUGCCGUACGCUAUCGGCAGCAUAGUGGCCUGCGUCUGAAAAUUAAACAAGCAUUUGGACUUGAAGUGGAAGGUCUUUACAUCAAUGCCUUUGCUAGAAUUCUAAAGGGAGCCCAAAGUAUACAGUUACCUGCGUUGGCACAAAACUGGGGAGGAGAGGAGAAAUUUCUUGCAAGGCAGCAUGACUUCACAAGCCUGCAAACCUCACCAGGGUGGACUGAUCCUUCAACGAUGCUGCAUCCCUAUUUGGAUCAGAACAGUGUACUUCUAGUACAACUGUUUAGUAUGGCUGCCACAUAUGUUACUCAUACUAGUAGUGACAAGCGUGGUCAUGUGAUAUCCCAAAAUGGACAAGAGCUUCAACUUCAGCCACCACUGGGUUGGACUAUCUUUCCCCUGUUUGACAGUGGUUAUGUCAAUAGUGGUAUUCACAGUGCUCCUCUGUUUGAAGGAUUUCUGAAUGCUGGGUUUAUGCAGACAUUAUCAACGGUUUCAGUAAAAUCAGCUGUUCAAGAUGCCCUGCAGAAAAAACAAAUACAGCUUCAAAAAAAAUAUGGAAGCAUAACCGUGGAAAUAUGGGAUGGUCAUUACAAUGAUGAAGAACAUUAUGCUUUACCGGUUGUCAAUGAUCUUCUCACAAUAACAAGCACAAAAAAAUUCUUGGCAAUGCAGACCAGCAAAAAAGGCAAAGAUUUGUCUAUGUUAGUGAUAGAAAGCCUAGACAAGAAACAGCAGAAACUGCAGAGAAAUAGCCCAGAAUAUCAACGGCAUCAACAAUUCUUUGAGGAGGCUAUGGGAGAAAAGUUUUACGAUCUCAUAGAGAUGGGACUGCUGAAUGCUGGUUAUGGACCUUUAUAAGUCUUCUAUUCUACAACAAUACCUGGAAGGGAUGAAAAACUAUGUAGCAGUCUUUAAAACCUAUCCUUUUAAACACCAGCAUGAUUUACUAUUUAUUAUUAUUGUUUAUACUCCGAUAUUGUAUUGCUAGGCAAAGUAGUAGUAUUAUAGAGUUUUAUUCAGAUACAUUAGCUUAUAUGUCUUUUCUCUACCACAUAAAUAUUUACAUGUGGCCAUAUUAGGUCAAUGAUGUCAACAGCAUCUCCCCCCCCCCAUGUAUGUGGAGCUGCAGGGUAGAGAAUGUUCCAGGUGGUCACAGCUGAUUGGUCCAGGAAUGACAGCUGCAUUCCAGGUUAGGCUGAACCCAACUCAAGUUUGAAGCAAACCCAAGAUCAUCUUGCCUCGAUAAUAGUCUGGUAUGAAUUAUGAGGGGGACCUCCCUUAAAAUCCAUACCAGAC